AUGUGUAUUGACUACCGCACGCUGAACCGCCGCAGCCAUGACACACAGGCGCUCGGGGCUCGAGAGAAGGGCUAUCGCCGGCUGAAAGACCCCUGCCUGCAUGGUGGGGAUCGAGGCCACUUUGCCAGCAGGUGCCCCCCAAGUCCUGGGCUAUGGACUUCGGACGUUGGCUUCACAUCUCCCUCAUCCCCUCCCACCAGGCCGUGCAACAACCACGACGUCUUCUCUCGCCUCACCAGCAACCAGAGCCAGGGCUCCGCGCUGGACAAAAGGGGCCUCAUUAACCCCGCGGGUGGUGCCAGGAGUGCCUGGACGGCCCCCCUGCAGUGCAGUUCCCUGGCGGAGGGACACUCCAAGCCCAUUCUCUGUGUGGAUGCCACCGACGAGCUGCUCUUCUCCGGAUCCAAAGACUGGAGCUGCAAAAUGUGGAACCUGGUGAUGGGCCAGGAAAUCACCUCGCUGAAGGGCCACCCCAACAAUGUGGUGUCCAUCAAGUACUGCAACCACUCGGGGCUGGUCUUCACCGUCUCAACCUCCUACAUCAAGAUGUGGGACCUCCGGGACUCGGCCAAGUGCAUCUGCACCCUCACGAACUUCGCCAGUGGAGCCUGCAGAUGGGGUCAGAAUUGCCGGUUCUCACACGACCGGAAGUCAGUCCAGAUCUGCAGGUAUUUCCAGAAUGGGUUCUGCGGCUACGGAGACCGUUGCAGCUACCAGCACAUCCAAGACCCUCCAGCCCCUGCUUGGAGCAGAUGCAGCUCACAGCCUGCCUUAUCGCUGAGCCGUCGGGGCUCGGAGCCAGCUGUCCGGCCAGAAGCAGCAGCUGGGAGCUGGGGAGGAGCCAGGCGUGGGUCGGAGCCCUCUGUCCCUAGUGUGACACAGCUGCAACUGAACUUCAGGCAGCUGAGCACAGAGUUUGAGGAGAAAGAGGAAGAUAAAGAGACGGUCACGUAUCCCCGAAACGGGGCUGUCGGCAGAGAGUUUGUCCCCAGGCAGGUCCAGCGUGGGUCCAGACCAUGGGAUCUGGGAUUGCAGAGAACUUCCCUGGCACCAGAGGCUGCAUCUAACAAGGCGAUUGUCCCAGCACCUCGAACCCUAGAGGCAGCUGGUGGGCUGGGAGCAGCUGCUGCUUCGGUGGGGGAGCUGCGGAGCGAGGACGUGGUGUGCGGCAUCUGUAUGGACAAGGUCUAUGAGAAGGCCUUGCCUGAGGAGCGCAUGUUCGGCAUCCUCCCCAACUGCAGUCACGCCUACUGCGUCGGCUGCAUCCGCAAGUGGCGCAAGAGCCGGGAGUUCCAGAACGCGGUGAUCAAGGCCUGCCCCGAGUGCCGGGUCACGUCCAGCUACUUCAUCCCCCACAAAUACUGGGUCUCCGACACGGACGAAAAGGAGAAGCUGAUAGAAACCUUCAAGGCGCGGACAGGGAGAAUAAGAUGCAAGUUCUUUGCCCGCGGCCGUGGCCGCUGUCCCUUUAAAUCGGAGUGCAUCUACCUUCAUGAGCUCCCGGCCAGGGUGCGGCCCCCUCGACAGAGACGUCCAUGUGGGACAGGCCCGGUGGCAUUCAAUCCCUCUCCCUCUGAGAGCUCUGAGGAGGAGGACGAUGACGUGUGCUUGUUUCAAUGGGCUCUCACCUUUGCGCUGCUGCGGGGGGACGUCGACGAUCCAGACUACUGGCAUGAGAUUUUCCUCUUGGAUUCCAGUGAUUCGGACUAGAAAUUCCACUGGUCCGGGCUUGACUCGAUGGAAUCGGGGUCACUACAUGGCUUGUGAACCUAUAUCUUUUGGGGGUGGGGGGGAAAGACAAUUGACUUUUUUUAAUCUGUCUAGUUGUGUGUCUGGCAGGACUCCUAGUGAUCCGAAACCACUCUGCACAAGCUGGGGGAAUGAAGCGCCGACAGUGGGAAGCUCUCCUGUUCCACAGGGCGGUGGGAUGCGAUUACCAUUGCCACGCUGCUCUUUCAUCCAUCGUGGGGCUGAUGGGACUGACAUCUGACACAUCGCACGUCACGUUUCCACUUCCCUCCCUCCCUCCGCUCUGAAACGGCACCUCUCCCUCUCUCCACGGGUUCCUCACCACCAUGGCUUCCCAGCCUGGGAUCUGGUGGUGUCCCCAGUCCUAUGGUCUCCCAGCUGCCUUGCUGUAGGAGUAGGCUGUACGCCAGGUUUCGCGGGGGUCCUGCAGUCUCGGUGUUGUGGUCGGAGGCAGAGCGUGCUUGCUGCUGAGGCUACUUUGUCGUGAAGGAGAGUCGGUUGAGCAGUGCUAUUGGCCACAGCAGCAGGCAGUGUCUGCAUCUUGGCAGGUUGCUCUAGUAUUGAUUGCAGUGCUGCCAGGCAUCCAUAGCAGGCUUAAAAGGGGGCGCAGUCUGGGAUUAGUGGGUGGGGGUGUUUGGCUUUUUUUAUUGAUACAGGCAUCUGUCUCGGAGGUUUCAUAGUGUAAGCAGGGAGCCCCAGCUCUGUGGGAGCUGGAAGGGUUGCUGCCUGGUCGUGAAGCUGCCUGUGCACAUACUUAGCAAACCUUUUAACUCUUUCAGAAGAUGGAGACCAUGAAAUAAAAAUCAGCUUUAAAAACUAAUAGGCCAAGUCUCUUC